AUGCUUAAUGGUCCCUACCUUAGACGCUAUAACGAAGUGUUCAAAUGCUUGCAUUUACAUCUAUGUCGCCAAUAUGGAAUUAAAAAGUCAAAAAAAUUAAAAACCCAUUUAGUCCAAUCCGUUAUCACCAAUGAAUUUGUAGAAAUCCGAGUCGAUACAAACCUCCCGACUGAUAAUGCUAUUCCGAAUAACAUGCCAGACAUAUUUGUUCAUGCAACACAAUUACUCCUAUCGAGCAAAAUUAAAUCCGUCAUUGACAAUGAGACAAUUUUAUUUGUAUUUGGCGAUCAUGGAUCAGUUCCUAAUGGAUCUCACGGAGAUGGGGAAGGAGAAGAAAAAACUGCUUUAUUUGUUUACAGUAAAAAAAAUCUUUCUGCAAAUCACUAUUCAACAACUGAAUUAAAUCAAAUUGAGCAGGAUAGUUUUACUCCAACAUUGGCAGCUUUACUUGGUGUUCCAAUCCCUUUUCAGAAUCUUGGUUCGGUAAUUAAUGAACUUACAAACCCAGGAAAAAAUAUUGAUAUUAUCAGAAAUAAUGCUUUACAAAUUUUGACAUUUUAUGAGUCUCUCCAGGCAAAAGAAAUAAUAUCAAAGUAUAUAAAAGAAGCAGAAUUUCAAUAUUUAUCAAAAAAUUAUUCAGAAGCAUCCAAUUUAUAUUAUCGUUUUAUGAAUGAAACCAAGAAAUCAAUUUACAAGAAAUGGAGAAUUUGUGAUACUCAAAUAACAAUUCAAUGCUUUAUUUAUUCAUUAUAUCUUAUUUAUCCGAUAAUUUGUAUUACCGAUAACAAAUUUGUCCCUUCUACGCUUCGAUGUCUAUUAAUCGGUAUUUUAGUUUAUUUCCAAUCUUAUCUUCCUUCGUCUUUUUUUGUUCCAUCAAGCAUUUGCAUAUUUGUACUGCUCACUAUUUCCAAUAUCUUCAACUGA